AUGGAAGUCCGCUUAGACACUGGGGCUUAUAGUACCAUAACCAAAGAGCUAAAACGACAUUUUGUGACUAAUAAUCGGACAAGAUUUAUUGUCACUGGUCACAGCUUAGGUGGGGGCGCUUGCAAUUCUGUUCCCUGCGGCUUUGGCACUGCACAAGGAGUACUAAAAAGACUAGAAGGUGUGUUCACAUUUGGCCAGCCUAAGGUUGGAGAAAGAAAAUCUGGAAGGUUUAUGGACGAGCAGCUUGAACGAUAUGGAGUCAAGUAUUAUAGUCACGACAUUGUGCCUCCGCUGCCUAGGCUACUUCGCGAAACGUGGGUGAGAACAAAUAAGCGGAGCGGACAGUUGCCCGGACCGAGCGGCACGAGUGUAGAGGAGAGAGAGAGAGAGCGAGUGGGCGAGCGAGUUAGGGUUUUGAAAAUCCUCAAUCGGUUCGAAAGGAAGAGUGCGUGA